GCUUCGCCUCUUCCUGUCUGGUAGUGUGGACUAGGGUUUAAAUAUCAGAAGUCUGAAGGAGGCGUGAAAACCUCCUUCUAAAAAGCAUUGACUGUUGUAGGCCAACCGGCCGCAAAACUACGUAAAAUGAAUAAUAGCGCCAUCUCCCGGCCGGUUGGGCUACGACUGUUGGGAAGGGGGAGUUUGUCACUGAUUGUAGCCGUCCAUAAUCUUUGUGUGGCCGAACAGUUGUUUGAGCUAAUCACAGCCUGCUGAAGACCUGGAACUGACGACACUCUUAACGACGGUUUGGGCGCGCGUUUUGGGUGCUUCUGAGUUCUCUCAAAUUUCACAGAAUAUUUCGUGGGUUAUCGGCGGAACAGAGUGUGAGCUCCAGAAACCGAACAUGACUGAAAAUGGACUUGGGCACCGGGAGAGGGUGCUUAACAUGGACACAAUGAACCCGAAUGUAAAGCGGGUUGAGUAUGCUGUCCGUGGUCCAAUCGUACAACGCGCGGCGCAGAUUGAAAAGGAGCUCAAAGAGGGAGUUAAGAAGCCCUUCACAGAGGUCAUCAAGGCCAACAUUGGUGAUGCGCAUGCCAUGGGCCAGAAACCAAUCACAUUUCUCCGACAGGUUGUAGCGCUGUGCGCCUACCCGGAUCUCCUAGAAGACGACAAGUUUCCAGAGGACGCUAAAAACAGAGCACGGCGCAUCCUUCAGGCCUGUGGAGGGGGAAGUAUAGGUGCAUACAGUGCUAGUCCAGGCAUUGAGAUCAUACGACAGGAUGUGGCUAAAUACAUUGAGAAGCGGGAUGGUGGAAUCCCCAGUAACCCUGACAACAUCUACCUCUCCACCGGGGCCAGUGAUGCCAUAGUGACCAUGCUAAAGUUGUUGACGUCAGGUGAGGGGAAGAACCGUACAGGGGUGAUGAUCUCCAUCCCUCAGUACCCCCUCUACUCUGCUGCUCUGGCUGAGCUGGCGGCUGUCCAGGUCAGCUACUACCUGGACGAGGACAAGUGCUGGAGCCUGGACGUCUGUGAGCUGAGGAGGGCUGUCGAGGCAGCCAGGGAGCACUGUAACCCCAGAGUCCUCUGCAUUAUCAACCCUGGCAACCCCACAGGUCAGGUCCAGACUAGGCAGUGCAUUGAAGAUGUGAUCAGAUUUGCUGCUGAAGAGCACCUUUUCCUGAUGGCUGAUGAGGUGUACCAGGAUAAUGUGUACGCAGAGGGUUGCAAGUUCCACUCCUUUAAGAAGGUUCUGUUUGAGAUGGGACCAAAGUACUCCAGUGUUGUAGAGCUGGUCUCCUUCCACUCCACCUCCAAAUGCUUCAUGGGAGAGUGUGGUUUCAGAGGUGGCUACAUGGAGGUGGUUAAUAUGGACCCUGAGGUGAAGUUGCAGCUGACUAAGCUGGUGUCUGUGCGGCUGUGCCCCCCCAUCCCUGGGCAGGCCCUCCUGGACCUGGUGGUCAAUCCCCCUCAGCCUGACGAGCCUUCCUACGCCACCUUCAUCAAGGAGCGUACUGCCAACCUGGAUAUCCUGGCUGAGAAGGCCAAGAUGACAGAGCAGGUCCUCAACACGGUCCCAGGGAUCCACUGCAACCCUGUCCAGGGAGCCAUGUACACCUUCCCCCGCCUCUCACUGCCAGAGAAAGCCAUCAACGCGGCAAAGGAGAAAGGCCAGGCUCCAGAUAUGUUCUACUGUAUGAAGCUGCUGGAGGAGACUGGGAUCUGCCUGGUUCCAGGGAGUGGCUUCGGACAGAGAGAUGGAACCUACCAUUUCAGGAUGACCAUCUUACCUGCAACUGAAAAGCUGAAGGUUGUGUUGGAAAAGAUCAGGGAGUUUCAUAAGUGGUUCACAGAGGAGUUCUCAUAACCCCACUCGCCUUCACCUCUCCUCUUCCCACUCCAGUCCAUAACAAAACCCCACCCCUCUUCCCGGUCCAGUCCAUAACAAAACCCCACCCCUCUUCCCGGUCUGUAACAAAACCCCACCCCUCUUCCCGGUCCGGUCUGUAACAAAACCCCACCCCUCUUCCCGGUCUGGUCUGUAACAAAACCCCACCCCUCUUCCCGGUCCGGUCCGUAACAAAACCCCACCCCACUUCCUCAGAAACUGGAUGAGAAAUGGUGAAAAUAUCCAACUGAAAGAGUGCCAGUGUGUUACCAACACACCACCUGUUCGAAUCUCUCCCCUCUAGUGUCCUAGACUUGACAUUUAAAAGGGGAGUAAUGUGUUAAGAAACUGUUUUGCAUGGUACCUGGCAUGCUGUUCUGUUUGAGCUAAUUGUUGGUCAGGCAGCAUCUGCACAGUGUACAUAUGAUAAUGUUCGUUUUAGUAAUUUUCAGUUCAUGACUAUAACUGAUCGUCAGUUGAGGGUUUUACAGGACAUACAGCAACAUUAUGGUACUAAUAUCAGUAAAUAGUUGUCAGAGGUGUGCUUUUAUUGUAUACCAGAGGGAGUGCAAUGGAUGUUGCGUUGAAAAGGGUACUGUGAACUACUGUGUGUACGAUGAAUAGUCAAUGUAGUUACAGUAUUUUUAAUAACCAAUGUUGAUUAUCAUAAAUUGUAAAAAUAUAAAUAAAAUUGUAAUUUCUA